CCCUCGACCAGAGUCGAACUAUCAACAGACAACACCGGGAAAGAUGACCACGCCAACCACACCACGCUCGGGAGAAGCAGGUGAGAGGCAGACGACUUCAGAUACAUAAGUAUCUUCAAAGAAGAUGAGGGGAAACACGAUCUUAGAUGCACUCCAGUCUCACAUCGACCACACAAAAGCAAUCUCAGCUCUCCAGUGUUACAAUUACACAAAAGUCCACUGCAACUAUUCCCCGGUUUACCUAAACCCCCACUACCACACUCACACAACCUUCAACCACUUCAACCCACAACUCUCACAAUGGUCAACCAACCCGCCAGAAUUCCCACCACCACCCCGGCUCUUGCCAGGUUCCUCCCUGCUGCCAUCACCAUCGGCGUUGGUAAGUCCAAUCUUCAGCCCUACCUUGCCUUGCCUCCAGUAAAGUCAACUAACACAGUUCGCCUCGCAGUCUCCGCCGUCGCCCUGAACAUUCGAUCCCAGCUCAAGACCGAGUCUCAACAGAUGGACCGCUUCUUCUCCAAGUACAACAACCCUCAGAGCGAGGCCGCCCGCCAAAAGGUCUUCGAGGACCCCACUGAGGACCCCCGCAAGAGCUGGUUCAACGCUCUGGGCCGGUCGUAAAGACAUUGCAGCUGAGAGCUAGUUCGGAGGAGAUUCUUGCACAUACUAUUCAUUGCUGGGGCGUUUUCUAUUUGUUCAAGGGAAGGAUGAUAUCAUUGGAUUAGGUGGCGAGGGCGUCAAUCUUACUUCACUUCGUUUUGCAAACACCCUCGAGGCAUACAAGGAAAACACGUGGAGGGGCAAUUUCUAGCUUAGACGAAUAGUCGGACACAUCGUUUCGAGUAUAAAUGUUAAACGUUCAAAUCA